AUUGCUGGCUCUGAAUUCUCUCCGCUGUAAUCGCCGAAACAAAAAGCUCUCCACUCUGCGGCCUCCAACUCAAAACCGCUUUUGUUUUUUCGAUAUUUGCCUCUUUAUGCUCUCUUGUCUCUUUGUUGAUUACAACUAUAAACCUCUCACUCUUUCACAUGCUCUUCUUUCUUUUCAUCUAAUCUUGCUUCUUCUUGUCUCUUUGUCUUUCACUUCCACUUAUCACAUUCCUUCUUCUCUUUUUCCUUUGUUUUUUAUUUGUUAUUGACACCCAUCUUUAUUAUUUCAGUUUUUUCUUUUUAAUUUUCAUUUGGGUAAUCUCAGAUCUCGAUUUCAGCUCCUGGGUUCUCUUCUUUUUCCUCAAAUUCGUGUUGGUUUCUUUAAUUCAGCUCAAGAGUUCUGGUUCUUUGCUAAUAGCGUAUUCCAGAUCUUGGUUUUGUCUAUUUUCUCCUCCAAAUUAAUUUCUCCCAAUGUCACAAGGUUAUUCAAUUGAACUUUAUUUUGAUCCCGCUUUGGAAAAUCAAGUGUUGAAAGCAUGGAACGUGUUGGCUCGCCGCCAAAUCAGUACUCAACUCAUUGAAAUCGAGUCACGUCCUCAUAUAACUCUGUUUUCGAGCACCAGUGUAGAGCCUACAAGACUUGAGUCCAUUAUAAAAAUCUUUGCAUCAAAGCAAGAACCCUUGCAUUUGUCUCUAUCAACAAUUGGGAGUUUUUGCAAUGACAAAAAUGUCUUGUUUCUUUCACCAACGCCUUCAGUUUCGCUACUUCAGUUGCAAUCUCAGUUAUGUGAAGCUAUCAGGAAAGAAGGGAUUGAUUUAGGAGAUGAGUAUCGAGCUGAGAAUUGGAUUCCUUAUUGUUCUGUUGCUCAAGAAGUUCCAAAGACAAGAAUGGCGGAGGCCUUUUGUGUUUUGAGAGAGUUGAAGUUACCGGUUUCUGGAUAUGCAAUGGAUAUUGGGUUGGUGGAGUAUUUCCCUGUUCGUGAAUUGUUCUCUUUUGGACUUGGUAACACUGUAGAAGCAUAAUUUUUUUUUUUUAAUUGGGCUUAUGUAAUGUUUAAUUUGAUGUUUUUAGUUUUAUAAGUGUACUUUCAUCUUUGGUUUUAGUUUAUAUGAAUGAUGAAAACUAGAGCCAUGGUAGGAGAGUUUCAUUUUAUGGUUUCUGAAAGCAGUUGCACAUUGACUUGUUUAUCUUAUGUUGUACUUUUUUUUUUUUU